CCUAGACCGCCUGGGCUGGCUGGGCCGGCACGGUAAGGCGGUGAUUUCGCCUGAUGGUUUUUUGCAGUUAAUUCAAGAAUCGGGCUCUCGCCUCAAUGCAGGCAUUUCCCAGCCGUUUGUGCGUUUAGGUGAGUCUGGCUCAAGGCCUUGCGCUGUGCAGCGUGGAACUGCGCCACCUUGCAGUGCAAGCCAGGCGCUGAGCCAUGAGAAGCACCAGAGCGGGCCGGCUGCCGCCCGCGUCCAGCCGAAGUAUCGUGAAUACCUAUGUUGCCCGCAUGGCUUCGCAGCUCCCCGAGGACUUCACGUUCGCGACCUUGGUGCCGUGGGACUCGCCGCACAAGCCAGACAGGCUGAUUACGCCGGACACUGCCCACGCGGGCCAUUGGGACGCAAGGGAGAUCGCGUCGUUGGUGUCUGGGUGCUCCUGCCUGCUGGUGCCGUGCACACUCGAAACAAAGUACGAGAAGCGCAUGAUACAGAGUUUGUUGCAGCAGAUCGAGCCAAACAGCGACCUUUGUGUGGCCCUGCUGCAGCUGCUCGAGAUCCCAGGCGACAUGAGCAAGGAGUACGUUGAGAUGGUCAUGGCACGCCACGACGUGCUCCUCACUCUGGGGGCAGACGUUGUGAUUCUCGACCCCAGCGACGAUCAAGACCGGUUGUACGCAGAACUCGACCAAGAGCGGACGUGGCUCGAUGCCAAUGUCCAGCAUGCACAGUGCAUGAUCGACGAGAGUGCGGACGCAAAAUUACAGGCUGCGCUGGAGUACCACCACGAGCUGCUGUGGGAGAGCAUGCCGAAAGCUAUGAUGCACGCGUUGCCCCCGGUCAAUCACAACCUUGUGGAGACGGCUACCAGCGUUGGCGAUUACCGGUUGAUGCACCGCUUGAGCACAGUGAGUGGCAACGUGAUCUUUGCGCGUCGGAGCGAGGUUGAGGAAGUCGUCCUCAAGGUCUAUGACAAGUCAGACUAUGUAACUGCUGGGGACGUGGAGAACAUUGACCGCGAAUUGCGUAUCCUGAGGGGCGAGCUCCGACACCCGCACAUCGUCCAGUGCAUGUGCGUGCUCCAUAGUUUCUCGCGGGUGUAUUUGGCCCUCCAGGUCGGAGGCAAGAAGAAUUUGAGCCAGCACCUCCUGAACCAGCCAGGGUACCGCCUCGAUUUGCAGGAUGCUGUGGACUGCACCGCUCAGAUAGCAGGAGCGCUGGCCUUCUGCCAUUCGCGGAACAUCGUGCACAGGCAAGUGUCUUUGGAUCACGUCGUGGUAGAUGACCAGUCGGAAACGUCUUUCUGCCGCUUGGUGGAUUUUUCCGCAGCGACGCGCUGUGUCGAGUCGACGCCGUCGACCACGCUAUGCGGUGGUCUGCCGUGCAUCGCCCCAGAGAUGGUGCUGGAGGCGUCGUACUUCGCCAAGCCGGCGGACUGCUGGAGCCUCGGGGUUGUGCUCCUCGAGGCCGUUGGGGGUAUGGGCUCGAUGAGGCAGGCUGUUGGCUGGCCGGAUGACGCGGAGUUGGAGCCCGCCGCCGCCAGGACCAGGAAUUUCUUCUCCUGCGAUGGCAGCCACGCCCGCGCGAUGGCGGUCAUGGGCGGCGUGCGCAGCCAUGCGGUGCUGACCAGGCUCUCUGGGCUCCUCGAGCCAGAGCCCGCGGCUCGGGCCGUCGCGGGUUCCCCAUUCCAGGCCUCGUAGGCCUGGGAGGGUGCUCAACGGGUCCGCGCUGCAUAUCUUUAGGGUGCGUGCGCACGUACACGCGCACACUCAAUACACG